GUGAAAUUUCAGUUGGUUAGUGAUUUAGUAAGAGAUGAGGCUGCGAAUCGUGAGAAUGAAUUUGUGGAUGCGAUAGUGUUCUCGCAGGAACGAGGCGUUGUUAUGAAAGGAACAUUUGAUGAUGCACCUCCACGAAAUCAAUGCCCAAAUGCAAUCGGUAAAUGGUACAAACCGUUAUUCUAUAAAUAUGUCGAAGAAAUCGCGAAAACAAGCCAAACAAGAGUGGAAUAUAUUCCAAUCCAACAGUAUUAUCGUCGAUAUUCACGAAGUAUUUUCUGGGGACUCAAGUAUUUGAUUCCAUUCGCUGGUAAUUUUAUUUGGCGUUGUUUGUUCGGAUGGCUUAUUCCACCGAAGUUAUCGCUGCUGAAAUUAAGUGCUGCACUCAUUCGACCCAUCCGUCGUAUAAUGGACAACAAUUUCACGUUUCAAGAUUUUAUGAUGCCUGGCGUGAAUUUAGAUGAAGCACUUCAUAUUAUUCAUGAUCAGAUUGAGGUUUAUCCCCUAUGGCUUUGUCCAUUCAGUUUACCGUCAACACCGGGCAUAAUUCGUCAACGAACAGGACGUAAUAUAAUUUAUGUGAAUAUCGGUGUGUACGGUGAAUCGAUGAAAAACGAUUUCGAUGCACAACAAUCGAUUAAGAAUAUCAACGAAUUUUUGCGAGCUGUCGGAGGGUUUGUCUCUCUCUCUCUCUUAUACUCUAUUGUAGAUCAAGCAGAUCGAAAC